AUGAAAUUCGAUCCUCUGUGCUCCCCCGCAGUCGCCUUCGGUUUAUGUUCCGCUUUAUUGGGACAUCCACAGCACGCUACCGGCGGUGGUUUGACGCAAACUCAACGACGGAGACAGCGCUUAGUUGAGACGAAGACACGGGGGCGGAAGAGGAGUGGUGCACCCGCCAGUGGUAUCGUCGAAUCUCGCCCCCCCCCCCCCCCCCUCUCUCUCUGCUUUUACCCCCGUAUUGACAUGUCGCUCGGCGGGGUGGGUCUAGCCCGGCGUCUCAGUCACCCUACAAUGGGCCGUGCGCGAUCGGCUCCACUCGGAGAAUCCUCCCGCAGCCGAAGAUAGGACCGAGACAUCGGACCGAGUCGGUGACGGUGGCCUGUCCGCUGUGGUCCUGCGCUUCUCGGCCCGGUGUCUGGCAGCGUGCCGCGCACGGUGCGCAUUGGCGGCUGGAGUAGAACGAAGACCGAAAAAAAAAAAAAAAAAACAGGCCUCCCCCCACCUUUUAAAAAAAAAUAAAUGUCGAAACUGAGUCUUUGUCAACCGCCGCGGUCGCGAGUCGCUUUCUUCCUCGUUCCGCCGAGCGCGAUGGAGUGAGUGGUGCAGAAAGGGGGCCCGGCGCGCAGUUCGGUCGCGUGUGAUGAUAGGAGACACGAUGACGCUCUUGUCUCUUCUGGGUCGGAUCAUGCGUUAUUUUCUCCUCAGGCCGGAGACGUUGUUCCUGCUUUGCAUAAGUCUGGCGCUGUGGAGCUACUUCUUCCACACGGACGAGGUGAAAACCAUCGUCAAGUCCAGCCGGGACGCCGUGAAGAUGGUGAAGGGGAAAGUGGCGGAGAUGAUGCAGAACGACCGGCUGGGAGGCCUCAGCGUCCUGGACGCGGAGUUCUCCAAAACCUGGGACUUCAAGAACAACAACGUGGCCGUGUACUCCAUACAGGGCAGGCGGGAUCACAUGGAGGACCGCUUCGAGGUGCUCACCGACAUCGCCAACAAGAGCCACCCGUCCAUAUUCGGGAUAUUCGACGGUCACGGCGGAGAGGUACAUGCUGGCCUUUGGGGGCAGGUAGAGGUUAAACAGCCCAGUGACGUCACCGUGCGUUACGGGGGGGGGCCUUUUGAGAAAAAAAAAAAAAAAGCCCCUCCCUCUUACGGCAGCAUCCUCGAGCAGCGCAUCUUGAAUGGGGAUCGCGAGAUUCCGGAAACUCUCUCUGCCACGUCCCCCCACGCAGGAACGACGUGCCUCGUCGCCCUGCUGUCAGACAGAGAACUGAUUGUGGCCAACGUUGGAGACUCUCGCGGCGUGUUGUGUGACAAAGACGGCAACGCCGUCGCACUGUCACACGACCACAAGCCGUACCAGCUGAAGGAGCGCAAGAGGAUCAAGAGGGCAGGAGGUUUCAUCAGUUUUAACGGGUCCUGGAGAGUCCAGGGGAUCCUGGCUAUGUCUCGCUCUCUGGGGGACUACCCACUUAAAAACCUCAACGUAGUCAUCCCCGACCCCGAUAUCAUGACCUUUGACAUGGACAAGCUGCAGCCGGAGUUCAUGAUCCUGGCAUCAGAUGGCCUGUGGGACGCUUUCAGCAACGAGGAGGCCGUUCGGUUCGUCCGCGAGCGUCUGGACGAGCCUCACUUCGGCGCCAAGAGCAUCGUCCUGCAGUCCUUCUACCGCGGCUGCCCCGACAACAUCACCGUCAUGGUGGUGAAGUUCAAAAGUGGAGCUGGGGGGAGCAGUAAGGCGGGGGAGUAGGUCAGGGUAAAGAUUGGGGAGGAUGAAUGACCUUCCACAUAUUUUGAGUGGAGAAGCGGGUGUGAUGUGAGGCGUGACGACUGGAGGAAGUUUAAGUUUGGACACUGAGAACCAAACGCACGUGUGGACACACGCAUAAAGAUAACAAGGCAAUGUUUGACUUUGCGUGUAUGGUGGUUUUGGAUUGACACAAGGGCAUUAACACAAUACACACUUCUCUUAACCAUCUGUUCAAUUAAUGAUAAAUGCAUCAAAUUGUAUAAAACAGUGGAGAUAGACGGCAGUCUCUUUCUCUUUACCAGCACACAUUAGACUGUGAUUGAAUGACUAUAGUUUGCUGCACAUGCAUAUAUAUGGUGAAGCAUCCUCAAAGAAGGCUUCAACUAGUGCCUACCUAAGAAAUACUCUGCAACCAGGAAGCUACUAACAAGCAUUGGCGAUUACCCCUCCCUGCUUGCUGCAUUUUGAUGAUGCUCUUGAUUAAUGUAUGCGUCUGUCACAUGGCCUGGAAAAUGUCGUCAAAUACAAAAAGACAGCGAAAUCUAUACUGUUUUUUUUUUGUUUUUUUUUAACUUGAAGUGAUGCUGCGCCUAAAAUCUAACUCUUCAGGGUCAAAUACUCACCACCUGCAGAACGGAGAGUAGCUCUUAGUUUCAUCCUCCGGCUGCAUUCAGCUUCAAACAGGAUUUUGACCAAUCACAGGUCCCGCUACUUCUCCCUGGGUUUGAUUUGGUUAAACAUUCAUGGUGCUUGCAAAUCUAUUACAAUGAACUGUGUUUACGUUAAAACCGAAAUGGGAAUUGUAAAUGUUUGAGCAGGAGACCUGAGCAAUUAGGAUAGUAAAUGACAUAAAAGCUAUUAUUAGUAAUGUCAUUCCAUUUAGUAAUAAUCAUGUGAGUAAACAGAAUUAGUAAUACACAUUUUUACUUAGCAUUUUUAAGGGACUUUAAUGUAGAUUUGAAAAAUCAAUUUAUACCUGUAACAACUUUCUUAAAUGUAUUAAUUGUUUAUAUUUGGACAAAGACAAAAUGAAUCCAUGUGUGUAAGUGAGGAAGUGUUUGCGGUGGCCAACCGGUAAACUGAAAUAGGAAGUUGAACCAAUGAAGGAGUCGAGGGUAGUUGAUGCCGCUUUCGUCAUUGAAGGCUGUAAAAAUGCAAAACAUUUUACUUCCGCUUUUCACUUGCAGACUGUUAAUGAUUCCCAGAAGAGAGAUUCUUGGUGGAGUAUUACUUCAACGCAUGCAAACAGACACAGAAUUAUUAGGAACGAUGAAUUAUCAGCCAAUGUGAAUUCUGUCCAUCCUCAGAAAUGCAAGAGCGUUACGUCUGUAGAACUGGAUAUAGUACCUCACCAUCACCUAUUGGUUAUUCACUUUUAUGGAACUAAAGUGUUCCACUAAAGUUGUUUUAGACCAUCUGUAUCAGCAUGUUCUUCCGCUUAGUUCAUGAACAAUGUUAACAGGGACACCGGUGCCUGCUUUUGACCUGGGAAGCGCACGAAACGUGAGGGGCAUGCCCCCCCCCCCCCGACUCCCUGCAAUCACACACACGCCUCAGAAAAGGACUAAAAGCGGACACAUUGUGAACUGUGCAAGCGGAAUGCGACUAACUUAUGAUAUGCUCCUGCAGCAAUACAACAGCAACCUGUGAAACUUUUAUUUGAUGUGGUUCCAUGUUGCAAUGCGUUGCACCACAGUUUGUUCAAUGACCUUUGCGUUAAAUUGAAAGACGCCUUUAUUAUUUAGCAGUUUACCGAAUGCCUUAUUUAUUUGUUAAGUGUUUGGGUCUGUCGGUUAAAUUUUUCCAAAUCAGUAUGAUAUCUAAUAUAUUGUUCACUUUAUGUAAAUUACCACUCACUUUUUUUUUUUAAGAGGCAGUUCAUACCUGUUGAACUGAUGCUGUAUGUAAAAAGAAAAUUCAGCGUGAGAAUAAUCUGUAUGUAAACUAUCAGUAAUAAACUAACUCUUUGAUGUUGAA